ACGACUAUUCUUACAUAUGCAGCCUCUCCCAUACUACAAUGGGCUUAUCCCCUGCCCAGGCCAUCGCCAUUAUCGUAGUCCUAUCGUUUUUGUUGCUGUUCUUACACAAAAUCCUCUCGCCUUGGGUAGAGCUCCCUCGACUCCCCGAACAAUGGCUCGCGUUUCGCAGCGGCCUAGCUUGGACGAUAUUCAAAGACCGAGUGGGAUUCUCUGAAGAUAUGGUGUUGGAUCAUGAGAGUGGGUUCGCAAUUAUUAGCUCUGAUCCUGGAAGAGUAUGCUGGAAUGCAUUAUGGGGCCGUAGCCACAACCCUCAUCAGCAAGGCCGGCUACUGCUCUACCACUAUGGCGGCUCGGGCAGUCUUCGAGAAAUGGAACUGGUGAACUUCCCUGACAAUUUUGAUUUCCAUCCCCUCGGCAUGGGUCUGUAUCGCGAGAUGGAAGAUAGCCAUCCAAGGCUGUUUGUUGUUAACCAAGGUGAUGACAACAGCAGUGUCGAGAUCAUGGAUAUCGAUUACGAAGACGCUCGGGCAGUCCAUGUAUGCACCGUGGAAGACAACAACCACACCAUACGUUCUCCAGUUUCAGUUUCUCCUGUGUCUUACUCGUCGUUCUAUGUCACAAAUGAUCAGUGUUUGAUCCGUCGCAGACAUCCAGUUUUGUCUUUUACCGAAAGAGUGCUUGGUCUUCCCUUGGGGUGGGUGACGUUUGUGGACUUUAGCAUUCAGGCGCGGCCAAUAUGCACCAUUGUCGCAGGAGGGAUCCCCUUCGCAAGCGGAAUACUAGUCACGCCAACCGGGAAAGAAGUUCUCGUCGCUUCGAAUAGCACGGAUACUGUUCGAAUAUAUGAACGCAAUCCGGAUACCAAUACGCUUUCGAGCAAUUAUAGCAGCGUAUAUAUGACCUUUCAUCCGGAAACUCUCAGUUUCGAUAAAUCCUUGGACAUCGACGAUCCCACAGUAUUCAAUUCUAAUGGUUAUUUUCUUCGUGGAGUGGUUGCAACGGGAUCUCCGGACGCGGGCCGGUUGUUUUGCAUGGCUACAAACCCUCAUGGAUGUGCUGCACCAUCCGUCGUCGCAGAGAUUCGUCGAGGGCAUGGUCCUGAUCUUAGUCCGUUUCCUGGAAGCCUUUUUAAUCUGCUCAGUAAAUACUACGCUCGCACGUUGUAUGCAGGUAUGUCAAUGUCUUUGAGUCUGUUAAAUCUAUCCUGACUUCUCAUUUAGAUGACGGUACCAACUACCCAAGCAGCACAUCUGGCGAUAUGGAUUCCAAACGAGGUCGUCUUAUUGUUAGUGGGGUUUAUGCAGAUGGACUUCUGGAUAUCACAUGGGAUCCGAGAGAAAAUCGACAUUGAUUGAGCAAGAACUUGUGUAAUGAGAAUUGUGUAUAGCAGCGUAUACUUAUUUCAUUCAGCUUUGAUUCUUUUCGAGUCUGAGUGAUUUUGCUGUACCAGUCUUCACCAGCAUCCCCGUCUCGUGUGCUGAUCACACGUUUUCUCUCCAUGGACUGGGGCCUGUAAGAUCCCUACCUUCAGGGGAGCUAAGAUCACGAGCAUCAGGGUUAAGGAGAGGGCUUUCUCCUGCAGGAAUGUCAUCCCGGGACGCAGCCCGAGCUUCUUCCGUCGACUCGGCGUUUUCAAACACAGUAUCGCUGUAUGGAAGCAGUCUCGGGCCAGUAGAUUCACCGCGCGACUCACUCCUAGCAUAUGUGUCGUUAAUCCAACCAUUCCGUCGGGCUCUAAAUGCAUAAACUCGUCCUGUACCAAAAUUUGUCACGCCCAACUAGCGAAUCCAAUCCCCAAUUAGUUAUCACGAGAGCUACUGGAAGGAAAGUAUAUAAUAAAUGACUGAACGGAGAUAGAAAAAAUACCUUGAUACCCCAACCCAAAACAGCAGCAACCAACACCAAAACAGCCACCCGUCUCUCCUGCUCACUCCAAGGCUGUAGGCAACUCUGCGUAUACCCCGUCGUCCUCUCGCAGGCAUUAUCCCCGUGAUUCGCAUCUUUGAACGGCCAGGCUCUGUCUCGUGUGCUCCGCAAACCACAACAUUGUAACUGAUCUUGUAUUGUGCGGAUACUGUUCACAUCCUUGUUGUGAUAGUAUUCCUGCCAAGCUUGCUCUAGAUGGCAGUUGUUAUCGCUCGGUGAGACGUAUGUUGCGGUGAGAGUGGCGAUCACAACGGGUAGAAGAGUCAGCGAUUGAUCAGCGAUGAAAUGUAUGAUUGGGUUGAUUAAUGAGAUGAAAAAUGAUGAUCGCGAGCUUCCUGACAUUGGGAUAAUGCCGCUAACCGCAGUGACAGAGGUAGUAUGGCUACCAUUCUCGUCCGAUGUAGUCGAACUUGUGAUUUGAUUCUUCGGGGAGUUAUUUUGAUUCCGCUGAUAUCGAGAUGCGAGUAUGUUUGCCAUCAGUGCGGACAGGAAUGGAAGUAAUGGGUAGAGCGUGGAUAUUGCUCCUAAUGA